UCCUGACCUCAAGCGAUCCUCUCCCUCAGCGUCCCUGAGUUCUAGGAUUAUAGGCAUGAGCCACCGCGCUGGCCACUGCAGUCUCUUUCGUGUGUUCGCCCUUCUUGGCAGGGUCCUUGCCUGUAAGAUCUGGUCUUGCCUCAAAUAACAUCUAAGGGCACAUUCUAAAGUAAAUGACCCUAUUUCCUGAUGACCCCGUCCUCCGUUAAAGCGGUUAUGAAUUUGGGGGCGGGGCAGAGCUUGGGCUUCCGGCGGAAGUGCUGGGAGCAAGAUGGCAGCCUCCGAGGGCGCUGUACGUGGGUGAGCAGGCGUGCAGCAAGGCGGGGUCCUUGCAGCAAGCCCAAAACGCGCCAGUGGACAGGGUGUAGACCCAUGAGCCCUCCGCUGCCUCGGCCAGUCUCCUGUAGGGCUUUACCCCUUCGGUGUGCAGCGCUAGUAGGCGCUGCUCAGACUCUCCACCCCAGUCCCAGAGAGGUGGUUGCAGCAUGUUCUUGUGACCUCCAACCUCAUCCCAAGCUCUGGCACUGGUUCGUUUCAUAAAGCCCACAGCCCUGGCACCUUAGAGAGUUCCCAGAAUAGCAGAGAAAUUAUGGAAACAGCCGCACUGCGUGGGUUGGUGAGUGCUGUGAUGCAAUUGUAUGACAGUGAGGAUGAGGAAUGGCCACUCCAUCCACCGAGGGGAAGGGUGUUGCAGCAGCUGCACCAAGAGUAUGGAGAGACUGAUUCAGAAUGCUCUCUGUCUCCUUGCAGGAUGUUGCAACAGCUGUGGACAACAUGGUAUGGUCUGGUCAGAUGAUGACUGGUUGAAGAAGUCUGGGAAGAGAAUAAGUAGGAAGAUGGUUCUAGAGCCUCCCGAAAGCAGGAACCCAGCAGGGAGAGCCCGCUGCAAAAAAGGCUCACUCAGAUCCUCGGGUGUACAUGACAUCAAGAUCGGGAACAAGCCAGCUGGCCACAUCCAAAUGCUCCUGCGUUCAGACGUUGUGCCCAUGACAGCAGAGAACUUCCGCUGCCUGUGCACCUGUGAAAAGGACUUCGGCUUCAAGGGGAGCAGCUUCCACCGCAUCAUCCCCCAGUUCACGUGCCAGGGCGGCGAUUUCACAAACCACAGUGGCACUGGGGGCAAGUCCAUCUACGGGAAGAAGUUUGACGGCGAAAACUUUAUGCUCGAGCACCCAGGACCAUGUAGGAGCCGAUCAGUGUGUGGUGACGAGUGAGGCCAGGCCAGGGAGGAAUGGCCAUGCAGGAGGGAGGGACAGGGCGUCUGCAGGAGACCAGCUGCAGCACAAGGGGUCCCGAUCAGCCUUGCGAGGGUGGGCUUAGCUUUGGGCUUCGAAAGGUUUGUUUUUUAUUUUGGCUUAUUCAAGUUCCUAUUGGUCUCCUUUUAUUAUAAGAGGAAUACACAUAGA